CUCGAACGUAAUGUCAGUGUCACAUCAUGAUUAUAACCUCAAAUUCCAAAAAAUAAACAAACAGCGUGAACUUGUUGAAUGAAUUUUGGAAUAGAAGUAUUAAACUUACACUUGAUGUUUUAUUCGUGUUAAUUAAUUUACUCAAAAUGACGGAAGCACAAGUUGGUUUUUUGUACAACAUAGCUUCAGUCGUAUCGCAUUUGGAAAACAAUGAAUCGAAAUCUUUGUUGCAAAGUUAUUACUUAAUGCGCUGCAAGGAAAUAACGAGAGGUUAUGGUCUUCCCGACAAGUACUUUGCUACGAAGGUAAGAUGUCCUAAAUGCUGUCUUGAGUGGAAGGACCCUGAAGUUAAGAUAAAUCCUAUAUUAUUAUCCAAACGCCAAAAGAAGAGACUAAAAUCCCGUCAAACGAAAGAAAACAAAAAAGAAUUUAUAAGACGGAAACAAAAUUUAGUGCAUUGUAAUAAAGUAGAACAAAUUUGUACAUUCUGUAAAAAAAGUACAUUCACUACUUCUCUAAAACCACAAAAAGAAGUUGCUGUAGUUGAAAAUACUGAAUUGGAUAGCACAACCAAAGUUGAGCUAAAUGAAACACCCAAAACUAAUAACAAUUCACAAAAACAAGCUUCAAAGAACAAUAAACAGGCUAAAAAGAAAGAAAUUAAUGUUUAUACCAAUGCCUUAGAUGUGUUUUCACUGAAAAACAAAAAUAAUGCUUUGGCCACCAAGGAGCCACCUAAAGUUAUAAAGAAUAAUAAAAAGAAAAAGGACAAGUUCGCCGGUUUAUGCCAAAAGGCUGUAUUAGCUUCAGCAAAACUGAAAGCAAAAGAAGAAACAAAUAAAAGUAAACUCAGUCUAUUUUUAAAACCAUCUUCCUAACAAAUAAACAUUAUAAAAAUAUAUGUAACAAUAUAAAUGUAAUUUAUUGA